GGGAUGUACAACUUGCAAGGGGAGAACUUGAAAGAUCGGCGAGGAGUCAAGGACAUGGCUUGAUGCACGUGAUCUAGUCCCAGUUCACAAAGCCAACAUCCUGCCCCCACUGAUGAUCAUCAGGUCACAGUGACCUCAGCUGCUAAUUAUUGCAGUAUUGCAUUGUUUGAUGUGUAACCAGGUGGGCUUGAUGUAUAUAUAACCUGCUGUCAAAAAGGAAAAGUAUCCAAGUUGAGGCAGGGAUGUCCCUGGACUGAGUCUCUGUCAGGUGCCUGACCACACUGUCAGGUUUUCCCUCGCAACCCUCCAUGUGGUUACUGGGGCUUCCUGCGCUGAUUGCAGUGAACUGUUUCCAAAUACUAACAUCUUGAGCUCUAGAGUGAUCCUGAGUGAAACACCUUCCAGAAUGAGAAAGAUAGCUUGUAUCUACAUCUAUGAUGAGAACUUUACAUUUGAAAAUGGUGACACUGUCAGGAUUUUCUUCAUGAGCAAGUGGUCUAGAAAACAACCUUUAAAAAAGAAAAAGCAAUAGCUGAAAUUCCCGCAAUCCUAGGACUUUAAAACUGAGAGCUGGCACUAAGUAUGAUAGGAGCAUCUGAAAUGUUUCUCUGAAUAUCAGUCAAUGUAAAAGGUUUGCAGAGAGCUGCAAACUGCCAGAAAAGCUGGUUCAGCGGUCGCAGGCGACUGAAGAAGUUGAGCUGAAAUUGCAAACGCUUCGUUCCCUGGCACUUAGCGGCAGAAAUCAGUGAAGAGAGAAGGCAGCGGGUGAAAUUAAAAAAAAAAAAAACAAACCACUUGAUCAUGGGAAAAUCAGCUUCCAAACAAUUCGCUGAAGAAGUCUUGAAAGCACACAAUGACUACAGGAAGAAACACGGAGUCCCCCCAUUAAAACUCUGCAAGAAGCUAAACAGAGGAGCCCAACAGUAUGCAGAAGAACUGGCUACCACGAGGGUCCUCAAACACAGCUCCGAGUCUGCUAACGGAAAAUGUGGAGAAAACCUAGCAUGGGCAUCCUAUGACCAACCAGGAAAGGAUGUGGCUGACAGAUGGUACAGUGAAAUAAAAAAUUACAGCUUUCAAAACCCAGGGUUUUCUUCUGGGACAGGUCACUUCACAGCAAUGGUUUGGAAGAAUACAAAAAAGAUGGGAGUCGGAAAAGCAUCUGCUAGUGAUGGCUCAACAUUUGUGGUGGCUAGAUAUGAUCCAGCUGGAAAUGUAGUAAAUCCAGGCUAUUAUGAAGAAAAUGUCCUUCCUCCAAGAAAAUAACUUUUUUUUUUUUUUUAAGGUAGCCUUAUUGCCGAAUGACAGGUGAACCUGGAUUUGGACUUAACAGUGUUUGAAAUGAAGUACAAUUCAAUGAAAUUUCCUGUUUGAUACUGCUGUUCACUUCUCAUUACAGAGGAAGCAAUUACAUGUUGCUUGAGUCAAUAUGCACAUUAGGUCCCUGUUAUUUCUGAGGGGGCUUCAGUUUAUUUGAGGACAAAGUAUAUGCAGCAUUUCUGAAGGGUAAAAUUUAUAAGGGUUUUUUUUAAUAGUUUGCAUGAACUCUGUGUCAGCAUGUGACUAAGCACAUGUUGGAAGUCUUUUUUUAAACAUGCAAAUUUAUCGCUUUCUGUAAACUGAAAAUACCAGCUUGUAAUUAUAUCAUGUACUCCCAAUUUUCCAGUAUUUUUUAAUAACUGUAACUUCUUUGCUCUAUCUAUAUCUCCUACUACUGGGGCCUUCUCUCUGCAGAUGGAACAUAUGCAAAACUGCCCAUAUGAAAGGUACAUGUGUAAAAUGUAGUGGCAUUCAGACCUAUGGGUUUUUAUUAAGAGGAUCUCACGGAACACUAAAAUGUUGCUGGCAAAAUUGUAUCUGUCAAGCAAGCCAUAACUAACGCAUGACCUGAAAGCUACUAAAAUUGUUUAAAUCCCAGCGUUACAUUUUAGGUGCUAAUAUUUAAAAUCUCUUUGAGAUGAGUGUAUUUCAAGUUCAAACCCCAUCUUACAGUUUACAGUAUGUACAUUGUCUUACAAUCAAUUGUUUACUUCUGUUACAGGAAAGUAAGAUACUACUUUUCCUCUUAGAUAUUUAUGCACAAAAAUUUUCUUUGAUGGAGCACGUUGGAUUUUUUUUCUCAAUAACUUAUUUUUUUUUCCUAAGGACUAUCUUCUGCAGGUGUCAUGCUAUACAGACAAUGACAUUCCCAAAUAAUCUCUUGUCUCUAAUAAUGUCACAGUAAGAGGUAUUCACAUGGUCAUAAUUAAAAGAUGUUUAGUCUUUGUUCAUAUUAUUCAAUAAUAGUAAAAGUAUUUCACAUGCUGGAUUGAUGCCUUGAAAAAACUCAGAUUGAAUUUCCUUAAAAACAAGCAAGCAAAAUUUCUGAGGACACUUUUUUCUCUUACGAAAUGUGGAUUGGGCCAUUUUGGCCAGGUAUACUGUGAUUCAAUUUGGGGUUUUCUUUUCUUUGUAAAUGUUUUUUUUGACUUCUGCUGAGAUUCUGUAUGCCAGAAUUUGGUUCAUGAAGAGUGCCAUUACGGAAAUACUUCUUCUUGUUUACACAGUUGUAAUAAACUACACUGUUAUGGCUUGAUUAUAUGUUGCUGUGAUGCUGUAUGUUAAAAUCUUUUUUCUGUAACCAAGAAUUUAACGCA